CCAAACAAACACCAGAACGCCUCUUCUAGAGGCACAUAGCAGGAAGAAAGUAUUUCAAUGCUAAUCAUCGAUGGAAUAUUACGUCUAAAUAUAUUUGUUAUCAUAUUUAUUGAAGAACAUCUUGCUUAACAUAGCAGGUUGGGUCUGCAGAAGUUGGGUUCGCAGAAGUGCAUGUGAAUGCAACACUACAAGAGGACUGAAAAUACUUGGAUUAACUGCAUAGCACCUGUCUUUUGUGUUGUGAAAAGCUCAGAAUCUUCAACAAAAUUAUUCCGUUGACAAAUUAUCUGUGACAUUCUCCAUAUGUUCCUACGCUUUCUUUUGCUUUGAAGGAAGACAUUUGUGUUUGCAUUUGAGGUUCCCUCGUUUAUGGGAAAGUGUAUUUUUAUAUUUCAACAAAGGAGUCCCAGGUGUGUUGUGACACAGGGCACUGUGCUUGUAAGAGAUUGCUGUUAUAUCGUCUAAAAGCUCACUCAUCUAUGAAAUCUGAACUAUUGCACUCUCCUCCUGCAACCGCACAACCACGGAUAAUUCUACCGGCAGUUAACAGAUACAGAUAUAAUAAGACGGAUGAAGAAAGCAACAGGCCUAACCAGCCAUUUAGGCACCAUUGUCUUUAGCAUGCACUGAAAAACAGCAUUAUAAUGCAUUGUUCUGCAGUAUCAAAAUUUCACUGACCUCGAUUGAAGAUGUCAGAAAUGUAACAGUGGAUUCUACUGCCUUUACUGUCAUGUGACUUUAAUACUAGACACCUUUUUUCCCUUCAAACCUGGACAGCCUUUUCACCAGUUUAAUGAGGUGAGCUGUGGUUUUCAGUGACCAUUGGAAUAAAAAUACUUUCUCUGAAUCGAUUUAUUUUCUGCAUGUGUUUGGGUGGAGCUUAAAAUGACUCUGUAAAAGGUGCGUCUUGGUCUAAGAGCUGGCACCCAUAGUUGCAGGAUAAGAGCUAGAACCUCCUUCCACCCCUCUUCUGAUGUCAUUGUGGAACUGUCCUGUUCACACUGACCGGGAUCAAUACCCCAGAGCGUCAAAUCUCACCAGACAACCUGCAGCUGCCUCACCCAUUGGACAAUUCACCUUCCAAUCUACUGAGCCCGCCAGUCAGAACCUUCAGUUUCACAGCACAGAUCAAGCUGACUCUGUGUCUCUGCCCCUGACAAAGAAUCCUACCUGCUUCAGUAGAGUGAUCAGGAAGAAUUGGGGGGGGGGGUGGGGGUAACGGCGCUCCCCAAAAAACUCACACACAACUUCCCCAGCUCAAACCACGUGUUAAAAUAGUUUGAGAAGUCCACAGCCAUCAAAUCCCCUCCAGGGUAACGAACCCUUGAAUCAACACCAGGCCUCUGGAUCACCAUUCCAGAUCAUCUCAGAACCCUGUGACCCGUCUCCCAACACUUCACCCUGGACGACAGGGUCUGGGGAAAGGGGCUGUUCUGUCCUGGAGGAGGAGGGCUCAGCAGUGGGGUGCUGCUCUCCAUCACACACUCUGAGUCUAAGACCAGUGGUGUGUCUGUGAGCGGGCCAGAGAGAACAAGCCCACAGAGGAGGGAGAGACCGGGAGGAGGAGAGGACUUCAGAGCCAAAAACUCUGGGAUCUUUGCCAUGAGGUUUGAUGCCUCGAUCCACUGACUGGAGACACUGGACCUAAAUGGCGCAGCAUGACUUUGUCCCUGCCUGGCUUAACUUCUCCACACCCCAGCCUGCCAAGUCCCCUGCAGCCAGCCUCGAGAAGCAUGGCAACCCCCAUCACCACCGGAACAGCCGUGCUGCCGUGAGCCGCCGCCGACACAACUCCUCCGAUGGCUUCUUCAACAACGGGCCCCUGCACGCCCCCGCAGGUGAUGGGUGGCAGCAGCCUUCUCUCCUCCUAAGGCAUGACUCUGUGGACUCUGGGGUGGCAAAGGGGGGGCAUGGUGGCCUGGCGGGGGUUCCCUGCUGGAAGGAGGCUCCUCCCACAUGGCACGGGGCACCAAGGGGGGUGCAGGACGUGCACCACCACCAGGGGCGCCACACCAGACGCACCGUGCCCGGAGGAGGGGACAGGGACAGGCAGGGGGGGCACCGGCAGCGCAACGGCAACUUCCAUCCCCGCAAGGGCGUCCCCGGGACCCCCUACAAGGACAAGUUCCCCAACGAGGAACGCAGCGGGGAGGACAAGCUGAAAUUUGUGGAAGAGGACUUUCCCUCCCUUAACCCUGAAACAACUGGAAAGUCUGGGAACCAGACGAGGCCAGUGGCUCCUCACGCUGGAGUAUGGGAGAACCCUCCUAGUGGCAAGCAGAUGGUGUCUAAGAUGCUGGUGAUCAAGAAGGUUUCCAAAGAGGACCCAGGAUGCACUGCGUUCUCUGCCAGCUUUGCCAGCUCCGGAGCCCCACCCAUCAACAGCAGCAAAGCCCUGCCCACCAUUGCCAGUUCCACCCACUCUGUCUACAAGAACCUGGUGCCCAAGCCUGCCCUGGUGACCACCAAGCCCCACCAGUGGAAGCCAGGUGGGAGAGACUCCAUCAAGCCUGGCCUCCACUUGUCAGGACGAGACUCUGUCUUCACCAGUCCUGUGUCUGCAGCCAAACCCUAUGCCUCUGCCACCCAGCUACAAAGCCACAACACCCCCAAAGAGCAUCCCUACAGUACAACUCCUCCCAUGGACAUUGGCCCAUCGUCGCGGCUAAAGCUGAUGCGGCGCGGACCAGACCGGAAGAGUGACUUCCUGCGGACGCUGAAGGACGAGUGCACCGGAGACCUGACCUCCAGCAGCAGCCCUGCAACUCCUGGACAGACUCCUCAGGGCGAGAGCAGCACCCCAGAGCCCAAAGCCUACAGCCAGGGAGUCUGCCAUGAGAAUGGCCUGUCUCACUCCCUCUCUCUCAGCAAUUCAGACACCGAUCACCUGUCUAGCUCCCUAGAGGCAGAACACAGGUUACUGAAGGCCAUGGGCUGGCAGGAAUACCCAGAAAACGAUGACAGCUUCCUGCCCCUGACUCAGGAAGAGCUCAGAGAGUUCCAGACUAAAACAGAACAGCUGAAGAGAAACGGGGUCCUCCCCCGGGGGGCACGAGGCGUCACCCUCCACUUCACCCCCUGGAGGUGUGUGGCUGAGGCCCACCUAGAAGAUGACGAGGGCUCAGAGUCUGAAACCAGCAGCAGCAGCCAGACCUCGGACGACGAUGACGUCGGCGACUGCAUCAACCUGACGAACAAAGUGUUUGUCACCAGCCCAGUCAUCUGA